CAACAACUCAGUUCAGUCAAUCGAUUGGAAGAAGAGCAAAGCACAAUGACCAAAUUCCGGCCUUGUAUCGAUCUCCACUCCGGUCAGGUCAAGCAGAUUGUCGGCGGAACGCUGAGCAAUGUGGCCUCGGACCUGAAGACCAACUACGUAUCCAAGCUCCCCGCUAGUCACUAUGCAGAACUGUACAAGAAGCAUGACUUGCGCGGAGGCCAUGUCGUGAAGCUUGGCCCCGGCAAUGAGGAAGCAGCACAGGAGGCACUUCGUACAUGGCCUGCCGGUCUGCAGGUUGCCGGAGGCAUUACGGACCAGAAUGCUCAGUACUGGAUUGACCAGGGUGCCGAGAAGGUCAUCAUCACAUCCUUUCUCUUUCCCGAGGGCAAGUUCUCUCUUGAGAGACUAGAAUCGAUUCUUUCUGCUCUUGGAGGUGAUCGGUCCAAGCUGGUCUUGGAUCUGAGCUGCCGUAGAAAGGACAACACAUGGUUUGUGGCCAUGGACCGCUGGCAGACCAUUACCGAGAUGGAAAUCAACAAAGAAUCAAUCGCAUUGCUGGAGCCUUAUUGCUCCGAGUUCCUGAUCCAUGCUGCCGAUGUCGAAGGUCUGCAGCAGGGUGUGGAUGAAGAGCUGGUCGCCAAAUUGGCCGAGUGGUGCACGAUCCCCAUCACAUAUGCCGGGGGUGCUCGGAAUCUCCGGGAUCUAGAAAAGGUUCACAACAGCAGCCAAGGGAAGGUGGAUCUGACCAUCGGGAGUGCGCUGGAUAUCUUUGGGGGAUCUGGUGUGACGUUCGACGAGUGUAUAGGGUGGAAUCAAUCGCACUGAAUGAGUGGGAUCCGGGGGAUUGGCUCCAUCCAUGGGGACAUGCACACCGAUGUAUAUAUACAUGCUACACAGACGCCGACGCAGAGAACCACUACCGUGGCCAACAAAGA